UUUUAAACUUUUGCAACCAUUAAAUCCCAACUUAUAAAAAUUCUUAACUAUUUUAAGAUAUUUUUAUAUUUUAGUUCCUUCAAAAUAACAUUUUAAAAUAAUUAAAUAGUAAUAAUCAAUAGAUCCUUACAUCUAACAUUUCUUGGUUGUCAUAUUAAUCUGUCAUACGAAAAACAUCGAUUAUUGAAAAGGUCACCUUGAGAUGUCAUCUUGUGUCACCUUGUAAAGUCUACUCAAACCGCUUAGAUUUUUCAUAAAAUUCCCAAAAUUCAGAGUGUACUUUCGAUCAUCUCCAGUUAUUUAAUUAUUAUAAAUUGGAAUAUCCAGCCACACUUCGUUUAUAGAGGAAAAAAAUUGGACUUUGUAAAAUACCAUAUCUAAACUGAGGUGACAAUAUUAAGGAAUCACAAUGCCAGGUGACGAUUCUUCUACUCAACGCUUUAUCGAGCGUGGCUCACAUAAAGGUAAAGGCAUUGCUGUCUUCACAAGUGGUGGCGAUUCUCAAGGUAUGAAUGCGGCCGUACGUGCAGUGGUGCGCAUGGGAAUUUAUCUCGGAUGCAAGGUCUAUUUUAUUCGAGAAGGUUAUCAAGGAAUGGUAGAUGGGGGUGAAAACAUCGCAGAGGCUAACUGGGCUUCAGUUUCCAGUAUCAUUCAUCGAGGAGGAACUGUUAUUGGCUCUGCUCGUUGCUCUGAUUUUCGCGAAAAAGCAGGUCGUUUGAAAGCUGCACAAAAUCUCAUUGAAAAAGGAAUCACGAAUUUGGUUGUAAUUGGUGGCGAUGGUUCCUUAACAGGUGCUAAUCUUUUCCGACACGAAUGGUCGGACUUACUUGAUGAACUUCUUAAAACACAAAGAAUCACCCCUGAACAAAGAAAGAAAAAUGCUUAUUUGCAUAUUGUCGGCAUGGUCGGCUCCAUUGACAAUGAUUUUUGCGGUACCGACAUGACAAUUGGUACUGAUUCUGCUCUACAUAGGAUAAUUGAGGCUAUUGAUGCCAUCGUAAGUACGGCAUAUUCUCAUCAGAGAACAUUCAUUAUGGAGGUAAUGGGACGCCAUUGCGGCUAUUUGGCCCUAGUAGCUGGACUUUCAUGUGAGGCUGAUUACAUUUUUAUUCCCGAAGCUCCACCAAAGGCCGACUGGCCGAUAAGGCUGUGUCAGCAAUUGAGUCAGGAAAGAAAUGCUGGGCAACGCUUGAAUAUUAUAAUCGUUGCCGAAGGUGCAAUUGAUCGUGAAGGCAAACCCAUUACAGCUGAGGAUGUAAAGAAAGUUGUUGUUGAUAAACUGCAACAGGACACCCGUAUUACUGUUCUUGGACACGUACAACGUGGAGGAAACCCAAGUGCUUUCGAUCGUGUUUUAGGUUGCCGUAUGGGUGCUGAAGCUGUAAUGGCUCUAAUGGAAGCAACUGAAGAUAGUGUACCAUGUGUUGUUUCCUUGGACGGCAACCAGGCAGUUCGUGUUCCAUUAAUGGAGUGUGUUGAACGCACCAAAGCUGUUGCAAAAGCUAUGGAAGACAAGAAUUGGGAAUUAGCUGUUAAACUACGAGGACGUUCAUUUGAAAGAAACUUGGAAACCUACAAGAUGUUGACCCGUUUGAAGCCACCAAAAGAAUCUUUCGAUGCAUCCGGCAAAGGCAUUGAAGGGUACACAUUGGCGGUGAUGCAUAUUGGUGCACCUGCUUGUGGAAUGAACGCUGCCGUUCGCUCAUUUGUACGCAAUUGCAUUUACCGUGGAGAUACUGUUCUAGGUAUUCAUGAUGGAAUUGAAGGUCUAAUUGCAGGAAAUAUCAAAGAAAUGGGAUGGUCCUCUGUCACUGGUUGGGUUGGUCAGGGUGGUGCAUUCUUAGGUACAAAGCGUACUCUACCAGAGGGAAAGUUUAAGGAGAUCGCAGCACGCCUCAAAGAAUUUAAAAUUCAAGCACUUCUUAUUAUUGGUGGAUUUGAAGCCUAUCAUGCGUGUGGUCAAAUUUCUGACCAACGUCCCAAUUUCCCGGAAUUCUGUAUCCCUUUGGUUGUGAUUCCUUCCACUAUCUCGAAUAAUGUACCUGGUACAGAAUUCUCAUUGGGCUGUGAUACUGGUCUGAAUGAGAUCACUGAAAUUUGUGACCGGAUACGUCAGUCUGCUCAGGGUACAAAACGCCGUGUGUUUGUCAUUGAAACAAUGGGAGGCUACUGUGGUUACUUAGCUACAGUUGCUGGAUUAGCUGGUGGUGCCGAUGCUGCCUACAUUUUCGAAGAAAAGUUUUCUAUCAAAGACUUGCAGCAAGAUGUUUACCACAUGGCAUCAAAAAUGGCUGAAGGGGUCCAAAGAGGUCUUAUUUUGAGAAACGAAAAGGCUUCGGAUAACUAUAAUACUGACUUCAUCCACCGUUUAUAUACUGAGGAAGGCAAAGGUCUUUUCUCUUGCCGUAUGAAUAUUUUAGGUCACAUGCAACAAGGUGGCUCCCCAACACCAUUUGACCGAAACAUGGGCACAAAAAUGGCAGCUAAAUGUGUUGACUGGUUUAUAGAUCAGUUCAAAAAGAAUACACUUCCAGAUGGAACUAUCAAAUGUGAAGGCAACGACUCAGCAUGUCUGUUAGGAAUCGUUCGUCGUCAAUACAAAUUCACACCAUUGGCCGAUUUGAUCACUGAAACUAAUUUCGAGCAACGUAUACCUAAAAAACAAUGGUGGUUGAAACUGCGUCCACUUUUGAGAAUCCUUGCCAAACACGAUUCUGCAUACGAAGAAGAGGGUAUGUAUAUAACAGUUGAAGAAGAACUAGCUAGUGAUGCUGCUGUAGUUUAAUGUAGUCUGUGGACUCCAAUAUAAUUUAUUUUCUUUUUACUAAGUAUUUUAUGUAAGACCCCAAAAGUCUCACUCACUCAUCAAAAUUAUAUAAAAAACUGUCAUAGAAGACAUUAAUAAAAAAAAACAUUAUAAUUAUUUGUAAAGAAAAUAAAGUAUUCAGUAUAUAACGCACAUAAAUAUUAUGAAGUAAAAAUAGUUGUUGUUCAUUAUAAAAAUAACCGAAAACAAAAAAACUCCAAGUUGUGUAAUUAAAUUAAAAUUUAACAUUAAAUAAAUGUUUAACAGAGUAUCUCAGGUUUAGAAAUAUGACCACCAGAGUAUACCCAUCCACCGUAUGCUUGAAAAAUACAUUGCUUAAUUGACUUCAACAUUUUACCUUUUAUUUACCUAAAACAUUUCUUAUUUUUAUUUCGAUCCUUUUCUCUUAUUAUUAAAAAAGAUCAAAAAGGACUAUGUAGCUCAAAGUUUUCUAUUUUUUAACGUGCAGAUAUUGAUCAUGAAUUUUUAAAUUUGAUAAAAAAAAUCCCAUAUUUUUUUUUCUAAAAGAAAGUGAAUAGAGUUAUUUUGUAAAUGUUGAAUGCGUUCAAUUGUUAUGAAAGAAUAAAUUGUAUUAUCAAGUAAAAUA